AUGUGUGACAAUCUUUCCUUGUACAAAUCAUUCGUUCCGUCAACGACAACAAAUAUACAUCCUCAAAUUCAAACUCAAACAACAACAUCAACAAUAAAUUCACAAUGUUUUCCCAUACAUGAUGAAGAUAAUGAAUACAGACCAUAUAUGAGUGUCAAACGAAAACUGUCAGACUAUGAAGAUAAUCAUUCGUCAAAAGUAACACUUGAUUAUGUAUCAACGUCUUUAAAUUGUAAUAAUAGUGAUGAAUCUGAUGAUGAUGAUGACGACGACGAAGAUGAUGACGGAGAUGAUGUUGAUAAUAAUGAUGAUGAUGAUGGUAGUUCUGGUGAUGAUGAUGAUGAAAUAAUAAGUGAUGAUGAAUCGCAUCGUGUACAUUCAACAAUAGCAACAACAACACCUUGUACGAUAACUCAGCGACGUCACAGUGAUACAAUUUAUACAUCAUAUGGUACACCAAUAGUUAAACGUCGUUGUACAUAUUCAUCAAUGCAUGAUGAUGAACAAAAACGUUGUGUACUGGUUGAAUCCUAUCGUAAAUUGCGUGGUGUUAAAAAACCUAAAUUACAAGUUAGUUUACUAAUAUGUAAUUUAAUAAAACGAUUAGAAAGAACUUUUACAAAAACUCCUCCACUAAGACAACAAGAACAAGAACAAGAACAUAUACAGUAUUAUCAACAUCAUCAUCGAACAACAUAUCGUUCAUCAUCAUCAGAUAGUAUUUAUAUGUCACCAUUAUCAUCAACAUUAGUAAAUGAUGAAAUUGAAACAACACAUCAACAGUAUUCUAAUUCACAUUCAUCUAAUUAUGAUUCGGAUAAAGUAUUAUUACCAGUUAAUGAUUUACGAACAUCACCAUCAAUGUAUCAUCCAUUAUCGACCGAUGCAUAUUGGCUUGCUCAAUCAAAUUUUGCAGUACCUGUUGUAUCAACAUCAGAUGAUGAUGAUGUUGAUGUAUCAUUACAUGGUGGUGGUGAUUAUCUUGAUUUAAGUGACAAUACUCUAUCGUCUUCCUUUUCAUCAUGUUCUUCUUCUUCUUCAUCUUCUUCGUCAAAUGAUUGUUGUUGUUCAUCAACAUCUUCUACAACACUAACGAAACAUCUUGUUGACACAAAUAAUAAUAAUAAUAAUAAUAACAACAAUAAUAAUAAUAAUCAUAACAAUAAUGAUGGUUAUUUUAUUUAUCAUCAUCAUCAUCAUCAUCAUUCGUCAUCAUCAACCGGACAAACAUUUUUCUAUUCUCAUAAUGGAAAUAAUACCGUUGAUAUAAUAACAACUGCAUGA